AUGCUUCCCUGGAUAUUAUUACUGUUUGCAUUUAGUGUGCUUGCAUUAACAGGGCAUCUCGAAUUACCUGCAAAUGCCAUCAAUGUUCUUGAUCCUGCAAGAGCCUCUAUCAUACUGAUAGACGACUCUACAGAAACACAAAAUGUGUACCAUUUUCUUCGAGACGGAUCUUUCAAUCUUCCUGUCUCUCACAAAGGAACUUACCGUCUUUUUUUCCAGUCAUUAGACUUUAAUUUUAUCAGAGGAAAUGAGUUUUCGUUGCUAGUGAAGAAUUCCACCUACUACGAGCUUCACGAAUUUUACUCCAAAAAUAAGGACUUGGUGCCGGCCGGCCUACAAUUUGCGAUUGACCAGAUCCAUUUCAAAAACUUUGUUGAUGUGGACCCGUCAGAUAGCUUCCUAAACAGUCUACCAUUGGUCCCAUUAAUCAGAAGAUACCCAAUAAUAGGUGGAUUACUAGGUGCAGGUAUACUACUGAUGGUUUCGCCCAUGAUCAUUAGUCAGUUUGACCCUGAAUUCAACACAAAGUUCAUCGAUGCCCAGAAAGAGUUGAGAACGAAGAAAUCGCAAUGA